AUGGCAUCCAAUGUAGAAGAGGGCUUUACCUCUGACGAGAUGUUUUUUAGGGCCGGAGAUGGUACUAGCCAGUAUCCUUGUCCCACCUGUUCCACGCCAUUUGUGAAGGUGGAAGAACUUUGCACUCACCUUACAGAUGAUCCGCAAUGCAAUGCUGUACCCAUCCCUCAUGCACUUCGCCAACCUGCUGGUCCAGGUGAAGAACGCAUGGGUCGCUAUCACACGAAAUCCGGCUCUAUUUACGGGUUUCAACGGCCAAAUACGUUCGAGCGCAUGAAGGCUCAUGACUAUGAGUCCGCUCGCGAACAUAAUGUGUACUACCCAUUUUCUGGGAGGGAGGAAUGGGAACUCGCCAAAUUUCUCAUCGAGAAUCUGAAUCAGGGGCAAAUAAGUCGCUUUUUGAAGUUAUUAUGGGUCAAAACACGGCAACAGCCCACAUUCAAAACUGCGCCCCAACUGCUAACCUUUAUGGACGCCCUGCCAAAGGGACCGCAGUGGCGCUGCACAACAAUCGAGACAGAUGGUUAUGUUACAAUGCAUCCUGUGCAUCUUAUCUGGCGUGAUGCUUUGGAGGUAACGAAGCACAUAUUUGGCAAUCUGAUUUUUGCCAAUGACAUGGAAUUCGAUCCAUAUGAGAUAUUUGUUGACGGAGAACGGGAAUAUGGUGAAUGGAUGUCGAGUUCGCGUGCGCAUGAUAUCCAGGCUUGUAUUAUUUUUUAUGACGAGCUUCCACGAGGUGCUACCAUUGUGCCCAUCGUUCUUGCAUCGGACAAAACUCCUGUCACUCGACACACAGGAGGUCUCGAGAUGCAUCCCACGUUCCUUACUAUCGCUAACAUCCGAUCUGACAUUCGCAUGAAGGCUACGGCUCACGCAUGGUCGUGCAUCGCAUAUAUGCCCAUUCCUCAGUUCAUUUGCAACCCCGAGUUCUCUUCACUCUUGCAAGCCCGUGUGUGGCAUCGGUGCAUGGAUAUAGUCUGCAUGAAUCUCAAGGAGGCAGCCGCUGUAGGCGCAAGUAUGGUGGACCCAUUGGGUCUCUUACGCUAUGGAUUUACCCCCCUUGUCGCAUAUACCGCCGACCUCCCCGAACAACAGAUGGUUUCAUGUCGUAUCGAUCCCUGGAAGGUCCAGGAAUUUCAAGAAGCAGCCAAAGCAUCACAUCUCAGCGGGGUGCAGCUUCCCUUCUGGCGUGACUGGCGCUUUGCUGAUCCAGCUAUUUUCCUUGCACCUGAACUUCUCCACACAUGCCAUAAAUUUUUCUUUGAUCACAUCCUCAAGUGGUGUAAGGAAGUUGUUGGGGCUGAUGAACUCGAUACUCGCUUUCGUUCGCAACAUAAACGCAUCGGAACCCGUCACUUUGGGCAAGGUGUCUCCCAUGUCUCGCAGAUGACCGGUCGGGAACAUCGGGACAUCCAACGCACAAUCGUACCUACAAUUGCAGGUGUCGUCGAUCCUGAUUUCGUCCGCGCUGUUCGCGCGAUGGUCGAUUUUAUCUACAAAGCACAGGCUCCAACUUUCACUCCAACAUCGAUCGCUGACAUGACCUCCUCCCUCCAAGAGUUUCACAAAUUCAAACACGCAAUUCUCCGUGCCGAGGCUCGCCGAGGAACAUCGGGUCCUAUUGAGCAUUUUGAAAUUCCAAAACUUGAGCUCUUAGCAUCAUUCGCUCGAGCCAUCCCCCAGCUUGGCUCCAUUAUACAAUUUACUGCUGAUUGCAAGAAUCCAUUUGAGCGCACCAGCCACCAACGUGCAACGUUCACUCAGCAAGUCAUCCAUCUCCUGGACCGGGAAGAGACUGCACGCCAGUUCGACCUCUAUGCCCUCCUCCGCUCAAACGACAUGUCCCUCAACAACCUCAUCGUCAACGAAUUCGACGAAGUCGUUGACAUGGACCCGAUGUUGGGUUGGAUCAUGCGCGUCGCUCCCGAAGAACUGUCUCGGUUUCAAGGCCCACGUCCCGUUUGCAACCAUUUCCUCAAAGGCCUGCUGUCUGAAGACAGCAGGGUCGCCUUUCAUAUCACUGUAUCCAGUGACCACACCAACAAGACAGCACCUUUUUUGGCGCGAUUAUACCAGCUUCCUGACUUUCCUCUGACGCUUCGCUCCUUCAUUGAAAGUGUCAACCCUACGCUCGCAACUCGUUUCCAGAACCAACUGCUCAACGUCUGGAACAAGUUUCGUAUUCAGCUGCAUUCAAUGUUGCGUCCGCGUCUCGUCAUGCCGAGCCAGCAGGUACAAGCAUAUCCGCCAUCUACCAAUUAUCCUUGUGGAAAUUGCGAUGCUGUCCUGCUGCAGAUGCACAGUGAAGGUGAAGAAGGUGAAAAUCUUGCUCAAGUUCGCAUGGUGUUUGGCUUGUCAAAGAAAGGCCCACCGUUGCCUGCUGAACUUGACCAAAUAUUCCUCUAUGUACAGCUCUUCGAAGUCGUCGCACGUCCUCAAGAUGAUGUUGGAGUCAUGAUGUUCCGCGUUAAGCUGUAA